GGCCUCUCCCCCCAAAAAGAUAAAAAUUUACUUAAUUCAGUGUACGUCCAGCACCAGCACCGUCGUUUCGAACCCGAUCACAACUUUUCGUUUUCCAGCAGGGGAGUGUAGGCAUUUUAAUCCACUUUGUUUCAAUGGAGAGUGAAGUUCUAGAGGAGGAGGAUCAAGCAUAUAGUUACUAAUGGGAGGCAAUGAGUGGAUCUUAAAAGUGUAGUACAUAUUAUUUUUACUCUAGGUAAUACAUUUCAUCUGUUAUGGACAUAGAAUGUAGCUCAGAGUUGACUGAAGAGCUGCAGAUGCUUCCUCCUCCACCUGGGACCUUUAUAGAUCGUGAAGAACUUAUCCAACAUGUUGGUGAAUUUGCUGUGUCACAAGGGUAUGUGGUUACUAUUAAACAAUCUAAGAGGGACAAAGUGGUAGUCCUUGGCUGUGACAGAGGAGGUGUCUAUCGUAACAGGCGGAAACCUGUUGAUGAGUCCGCAGCUGAACGUAUUCGCAGAAGAAAAACUGGUUCUCGACUUACAAACUGUCCUUUUGAAGUUGUGGGUAAAAAGGAUGAUGGUUUGUGGGUACUUACUGUUAAAAAUGGUACACACAACCAUGAACCCUUGAAGGACAUUGCAGAACACCCAUCUGCACGCCGUUUUUCAGAGAAGGAAGUCUUGUUAAUAAAAGAAAUGACAGAAGCUGGGUUAAAACCUCGGCAAAUUUUAAGGAGACUGAGACAAAGCAACCCUGACCUUUUAUCAACACCAAAGCAUGUUUAUAAUGUCAAAGCGAAGCUUCGGCAAGGGAAUAUGUCAGUGAGAAACUACAAGUCUUUGAAACCUCAGAAGUCUGCUGUAAGAAACAACUAUCUAUCAGUUAUGGAGCCAUCUUGGAGGCAACAUAACCCUCCGAGGGUUCCCAAUCUCAUUGGGGGAAGAUUUGUUGAUUCACAGUCAUUUACUUCAAUUGAUGUUGUAAACCCUGCAACACAGGAAGUGGUUUCUCAAGUUCCUCUGACUACAAAUGAGGAGUUCAGAGCAGCAGUUUUUGCAGCAAAACGGGCUUUCCCAUCAUGGCGAAACACUGCUAGUACUGUCCGACAGCGUAUAAUGUUCAAGUUUCAAGAGCUCAUUAAGAGAGACAUUGAUAAGCUUGCUAUGAACAUUACCAAUGAACACGGGAAGGUAUUGAAGGAUGCUUAUGAUGAUGUCUUGUGUGGUUUAGAGGUGGUUGAACAUGCUUGUGGAUUGGCGAAUUUGCAAAUUGGGGAAUUUGUUUCCAAUGUAUCUGAUGGAGUUGAUUCUUAUAGCAUUAGAGAGCCUCUUGGUGUUUGUGCUGGUAUUUGUCCAUUCGACUUUCCAGCUAUGAUCCCCUUAUGGAUGUUAUCUAUUGCGGUUACUUGUGGUAAUACUUUUAUAUUAAAGCCAUCAGAGAAGGAUCCAGGAGCUGCUGUGAUGCUUUCUGAGUUGGCAGUGGAGGCUGGCCUGCCAAAUGGUGUAUUAAAUAUUGUUCAUGGCACCAAUGAAAUCACUAAUGCCAUAUGUGAUGACGAUGACAUCAAUGCUAUAUCUUUUGUUGGUCCAAAUACUGCUGGUUCUUAUGUGUAUUCUAGAGCUUCUGCUAAAGGAAAGCGUGUUCAGUGCAAUAUUGGAGCGAAAAAUCAUGCAGUUGUAAUGCCUGAUGCGAGCAUGGAUGCUACGCUAAAUGCUAUAGUUACUGCUGGCUUUGGUGGAGCAGGGCAGAAGCGCAUGUCACUAAGUACUGUUAUUUUUGUUGGAGGGUUGACUCCAUGGGAAGAUAAACUGGUGGAGCGUGUCAAAACACUUAGAGUACAACCUGGAUCAGAACCAGAUACAGACCUUGGUCCAGUUAUUAGCAAGCAGGCGAAGGAACUCAUAUGCAGAUUGAUCCAAUCAAGUGUUGACAGUGGUGCAAAACUGGUAGUUGAUGGGAGAAAUAUUCUGGUUCCAGGGUAUGAACACGGUAACUUCAUUGGCCCCACAAUUUUAUCUGAUGUCAAAGUCAGCAUGGAAUGUUACAAGGAGGAAAUUUGUGGCCCGGUUCUCCUCUUUAUGGAGGCUGACAGCAUGGAAGAGGCUAUAGACAUUGUUAACGGGAAUAAAUAUGGCAAUGGAGCUUCAAUAUUUACAUCAUCACGUGUAGCAGCAAGGAAAUUCCAAACCGAGGUUGCGGUUGGGCAGGUUGGCAUCAAUGUUCCAAUCUCAGCCCCGUUCCCUUCUUUUACCGGCUUGAAGCCAUUGUUUGCCGGUGAUCUCAAUCUUGACGGCAAGGCAGGAAUCCAGUUCUACACCCAGAUUAAAACAGUUACUCAACAAUGGAAGGAUGUAGCAGCAGACACAAGCAGUGAUAUAUAAAUAAGGUCGAAAUUAUA